AUGCCUCUCUCGCUGGACCCGGAGUUUUUCAAAGUGCUGGAGCCGCUGCUCCCGGUGAUGGCGACUGCGCCGAAGUUGGCCCCGGGAGAUGUCGCCGGCAGGCGUCAGGCAAUGGACGUCUUUUUCGGCCCAGUAUUUCGCGCCGUGCCUGACUCCGUAGACGUCGGUGAGGAGGUGUUCAAAGUCAAAUCCAGCGACGGCUUCGAAGUGCCCAUCUUCCGCUUCACCAAGAACGACACACCCGCCACCGGGGCAAAUCCAGUCAUCUACUACAUUCACGGCGGCGGCUACAUCGGGCUGGAUGUGCCGCUGUACCGGAAUAAGAUCAAGGAGAUCGUCUCACGCUCCGGCGUCCAAGUCUUUUCUCCGGACUACAGAGUUUCGCCAGAAGCACCCUAUCCCCUGCCGAUCGACGACGUCUGGGCCGGGCUGCAGGACCUGAGCCAGAACGCGAAGAAGUACGGCAUUGACCCGGCGCGGAUCAUCGUCAUGGGCGACAGUGGUGGCGGUGGUCUUGCUGCGGGUCUUGUGUUGAAGGCGAGAGAUGAUGGGUUGACCCCGCCGGUGGCGAAGCAGGUCCUGAUCUAUCCCAUGCUAGACGACACCAACACCAAGCCGAUCAAGGCGCUCGAGCCGUUCGCGACGUGGACCAUCGACGACAACAUCACGGGCUGGGGGGCGUAUCUGAGUGGCAAAGCAUGUGAAUCGAGUAUUCCCUACUAUGCGGCGCCGGCGCGGGUGCCGUCGGUCGAAGGCCUCCCGCCGACGUACAUCGACGUGGGCGAUCUCGACAUCUUCCGUGACGAGGACCUGGAAUAUGCCCGCCGCAUCGCCGCCGCCAACAUCCACGUCGAGCUCCACGUGUAUCCCGGCAUCCCCCACGGGUUCGAGAUGCUGGCGCCCGCCAUCUCUACCACGGCUCUUGCCAUGGCCAACCGGAUCAAGGCGAUCAAGUCGGUUUGA